ACUAGUCAUAAUGAUUUAAAAAUUAUAUUCUUUUAUUAUAUUAGUAGUCUAUUUCGUUGCCAUAUUUUUUACAAAUAGAAUUUCGAAUAUCGAUAUUAAAACACACGAUGCAAAGCACCGCGCGUCAUAGGACAUCACUACUAACUUCAAUUUAAAAAAGAAAAAACUCGUUAAAUUAUUUGAUUAUUGUAUUUGUGAUAAAAUUUGAAUAGGUACAAUGUCUUCAUCGGACUCGGAUUAUGAUAUUUACGGAAAUAUAGCACAAAAACUACAGGCAAUAAAAAACAGUUUAUUAAAAGAAAAAGUUGAAUCUGCUGUUACGAGCGACAGAACUGACGUCGGUCCAAGUAGCUCAACAUUACCGACCGUAACUGUCGAUGAAGAGUUAAACAGCACUGUGAACAGUACGGAUAACAAUACGAAGGCAAAACCGAGGCGAGGCCGUGGAGGUAGGCGCAAAGCUUCCAGUAAUAGCUGUGGCUCCAGUAGCAGAACUGACGUCGGUCCAAGUAGUUCAACAUUACCGACCGUAACUGUUGAUGAAGAGUUAAACAGCACUGUGAACAGUACGGAUAGUGAUGAAUACACGUUAGACGCGAUUAUAGCUAACAAUACGAAGGCAAAACCGAGGCGAGGCCGUGGAGGUAACUGCAGAGCUUCCAGUAAUAGCUGUGGCUCCAGUAACAGAACGACCAGGACUGCCAGCCAGAGUACUAAUAAUUCUAAUAAAGAUGACACUUUUGAUAAAGAAGAUGCUCCUACAACCUCAAAUAGGGGCCAACAUGCUGGCAAAGGGCGGUCUCCCCGUGCUGGCAGAGGGCGGUCUACCCAUGCUGGCAGAGAGCGGUCUACCCGAGCUAGAAGCAGGGGCAUGUCCUCCAGGGAAAGGGGACGCACGGCAAGAAAUGAGUUAAUCGAAAUAUUCGAUGAUUUUUCCUCCCCAGACAGAUGUUCUCCAGUCACUUCCAAUGAUUGUCCUAUAAUUAGCAUUGGUAAUACGGAUGAGUAUCCAGACCAAUGUGAAAAUCAGCAGCUGUUCUCGUCAAAUGUGAGACAUUCUAGCGAUGAUGUUGAAAUUGUAGACAUGGACUCUCUAGAAGAUGAUAAUGAAGAAAUGUCCGUCAAAGUCUACUGGCGGAGUUUAGAAAUAUUUAAAUUCAAUAUAAGAAAGUACCAGAAAAUAACUCAAUUAUUUAAUUAUUUUAGUGAAAAAGAAGGUGUUAGUAGUAACCAUUUGCUUUUUAUUUAUAAUGAUAAGAUAUUAAAAAUGGAUGAUACACCGGAUUCUAUAAACUAUAAUAUUGCUAAGUUUAUUGAUGGAGGUAUUGUUAAUCAGGAUGUGCGAAAGUUAAUUGCGGGAAAUAAUGAAAAUAAUGAAUCCAGUGGCUUUAAAUUAAAAUUCCAAUGUCAAAAUAAGAAGAAACCAUUUGAAACAUUUAUGAAUCCUCAUGAGAAAUUAAUGUUGGCUAUGAUAAAAUGUGCAGAGCAUUUAGAAACACCUUUAGAGAGACUUAGGUUUUAUUUCGAUGGAGAUUUAAUAUCAAGUAAAAACACACCUCAAGAUCUGGAGUUAGAAGGAGGCGAGUGUAUAGACGUUAAGAUAAGUAGCUUAUAGAUAUCAUAUUUAUUUCAACGUGUGCGUUACCCUGGCCAGAUGUUGUCGAAAAUGGUCAUUUUAAUCUUAUAGAUAAUUAGUUGUGCGG